AUAUUUGCACUUUCAAGCAUAGUUUUAGCAAUUUUAAAGGCAACAAGCACAAUUUUUCACCCAACUCUUUUUUUCAGCUUGUGGUCUAUUCUUGUUACGACAGUUUGACGUCACGAGACACCUGGGUGAAGUGUUGGCAGUUAUGGUUAUGGCAGUUAUGCUUAUGGAAAAUAAAGUACACAGUUGACACAGCCGUUGUCCGUGUUUGUGCGACAUAACAUUGGCGACGAGAAUAGAGGUACAAAUACCACCCUUGCCGUCGUUCCUCGCUCUACCUGGUGAGCCUCCGAUCCCAUGGCCCUGCUGGUUUGACGCUUUUGAGACGUUUAUAGCGGCCGUUGGCUUGACGAAGCCAACGACGUUAGGCUAAAAGCUAUCUCGUCCACAGCCUAGGCAGCGAGAAACAGCUCAUCUUGCGCACAGUCGGACCCACGGACACAUAUGCAGCCUGUGUCGCCGUGUUGAAGGGACAUUUCGCUGCUCCACAGAGCGUAAUGGUCCGGCGGAUUAUCUUCCGCCAACAGCCGGGUGAGUCGGUCCACCACUACGUUCCCGACCUCCGGGGACUAGCGAGCCUCUGUAAGUUUGGGACUUUAAAGGACGAGUUCAUACGUGAUCAGCUGGCAGAGCACACAAUAGACAGUAAACAGCGGGAUAAGCUUCUCACAACCCCUAAUGACCUGCCCCUCUCAAAGGCAGUGGAAAUAGCUCUCCAGCUCGAGUCUGUUAACACUGCGGUUAGCGGCUUCAGACCCCCCGGCCUCAGCCCGGCUAGCACAGACGGUGUCCCCGCCCCUCAGGUCAUUGAUCCCAAUUCUCCUCACGACAACAUGGACCUGGCGGGUCGCCAAGGAGCUACAGCAUGCCGUUCAGGUGGCAAUUGUGGUUCGUCCUCUCACACCGCACGUGCAUCAGUCUGCCCAGCCACCGGGCAACGGUGCCAACGCUGCGGCAAGCUUAAUCACUUCUCCAGGGUGUGCCCCUCAGCGCCACUGUCCACAUCCUCAUCACAGAGAUCCUCUAAUUCAAGCCCAACCACAAUCCACUCUGUGGGUUCCUGCGCCAAGCCCUUUAAGUGGUGCACAGUGGAGCUGGAUGGCAUCUGCCUGCCAUUGCUGCUGGACACUGCAGCUUCCAGGUCCCCGCUCAGCGAGUCCACAAUCCUGCACCUCUUUCCCAGCCAUGCAAUCAGGCCAGAUGCAGAAAAACUAUAUGGCUAUGGUCAUACUAACAUUGGCAUGUGGGCACAGUCACUUUCUCAGUAUGCUACGGUGCCAGAGUCCUCCUAGCAUUCACUUUCCAGGUGUCUCGCCACGGUGCCAACCUCCAAGGGUUUGACCUGUUCUGUGCCUUGGGCUUCUCUGUCCCAGGCAAUACAGGCUCUACCAUCGUGACAGUGUCCACACCCUGGCAGCAACACUGACCUUCACUGGGCUGGGUUGCCUCACUGCCUUCAACCACCAGCCACUUAUUGAUCCAGCUGUCUCCUUUGUCAUUCAACCUCUGCACUGGCUGCCACUUGGGAUGAAAUCAUGGCCGAGCUGCAGAACCUGCAGGAUGCAGGAAUCGUCGAGCAGGUUAACGCAUCACCCUGGAUUUCAAACCCGGUGGUAUUUUUAAACAGGUGUGGCGGCCUGCGUCCCUGUGUUGACCUUAGACAAGUGAACAAAGCCAUGAUCCCCGAUAAAUAUCUGCUGCCCACAGUGGAAGAGCUAUCUGCCAAAUUCCAUGGGUCUAAGGUCUUCUCCAAACUUGAUCUUCGCCAAGGCUACCUGCAGGUUCCCCUACACCCCAACAGCUUUUGUGACUCACAUGGGGGUUUUUCGUUACACCCGUAUGCUCUUUGGCCUCACUUCUGCACACAGCUGUUUCCAAAAGAUUAUGACCACCAUCUUUGCUGGGAUCCCAGGUGUGGUGGUGUCCCUGGACGACAUUGUGGUGCAUGGGGCAACACAAGCCUUACACGACAACCGCGUCUGCAGGGUGUUUGAUGUGCUUGCCCCCACCACAACAUCACAUUGAAUAAGGAGAAGUGCAUCAUUGCAGCAUCUGCCAUUGAGUUUGUGGGUUUCCGUCUAACGACUGACGGCUUGAGCCCCCUCCACUCCAAUUUUGCAGCUGUGCUGCACCUGCCUGAGCCCUCCUGUCCUGCACAGCUGUCAUCGUUUCUCAGGAUGACUUUUACCCUUUUACCUGCGCUCCCUGCCCCAUUACUCUAAAUAUGCCGCUCCCACAAGCUGCGCUCAUUCUGGUCUGCACCUCAACAGAUCACUGCACAGCUCGGCCCAGUUACCUUCCACUUGACUGACAGUUCACGCUGGCAUGCCAGCCGCCUUAGAAAGGUGGCUUAACCUGCCUCCCCUGGCCAGACAACUAUAACUGAUCUGUGCCACAUUGAUGGGAACUGUGACCUCCCAGAUGUCAGGCCAAUGACCCCUGGUAGGCGUCCACCCUCUGCAGCCUGGGCCCUGUCCUGUUCGGGUCGUCACGGGCCACACUACCUCAAUGACUACGUGACUGACUUUUAAACUUAAUGAAAGCAUAGCCUGGCAUGGGGGGGGGGGGGGGGUGGUAAAUGUGGUGUAUAUACAGUGUGAUGUCACGAGACACUGGCGUAAAGUGUUGGCAGUUAUGGUUAUGGCAGUUAUGGUUAUGUAAAAUAAAGUACACAGUUGACACAGUCAUUGUCCGUGUUUGUGCAACAUAACACAACUGCCUGGCCUUAAGGUCAAACAACUACAACCAGUGGAGCAAUGUUUUAUUAGUAGCCUUGUGCUUUAAGUAUUUCAAGUGUCAAGCAGUGUGUGCUGUGUGUAUUCAGAGUGAUGAUCUUGGAUCAGAAAGCAGACAGGAGGUGGUGAGAUGUAUCAGUUACACUUAAGUCUCCCACUACAACCUCUCCCAGACUCCUACUACAUAGAAGUUUUUGUUUUUUUCCUUCAAUGACAUUAUUUAUUGAUAUGUGAAAGAGUAGAUGACCAUUUGAAAAAAAAAGUCAUAAGA